UCUCAGGUGUGGUAGCGACUCCCUAACAGCCAGUGAACUCAACGGAGGAACCAUGGAUGAUAAACGUUCGUGGAGGAGCUCUGUAGGCAUAUUACAGAACGGACAGUCAUGGAAUUCUCUCAACAGAGACAUCACGCCCACGCCGCCCUCAGAUGUGACUCAAAGUACAAAAAUGUUGUGAUAGAAUGGCCAGUAUACAGAAGUAAGUGAAAGCAACUCAAAAGACAUCAAGACGGUGCUGUUAAAAUAUAAACAAAGUGCUACAGCAAGUAUUUGACGUAAAUAUUGAAAUAAGGAAAGUAGAAAUCACAAAAGGAGAAAAAUGGCAUCGGUUGGAGGGUUAAGCAUGUACUCAGGCUACUCACGGGGUACCAGAAGGCCUUCCUACUCCUCGACCUUCUUUCCACCUGUCAUAGAUAAAGUCUAUGCAUAUGUCAGACCAUCACCGGCGAUGGUCAAUUCUGGAAUCAUCGCUUUUGUUGCAACAAUAUUCUUUGUCAUUUCCUUCACAAGCCCAUACUGGCUACAGUCAUACGCCUACACGUACAGUGACUUCAACAACAUGGGCCUAUGGGAGUUCUGUUUCAAUGGCUUCCGUUAUCCCAAAUACCAGUUUGACUACAAAUUCACCGGAUGCAACUACAUCUUCUCAGAUGAAUACAGAAUCAUCUGGUCAUGGAUGUUACCAGCCUGGUUAAUGGCCGUGCAGACCUUCAUGACUAUAGCCCUCUUGGCAAGCAUGACCACAUUGGUGACAGUGAGCCUUGUUUUGGUGCGAUGGCCUCUGCAGUUUGUCAUGCGCUACGAAUGGCAUCUCACAGGAUUUGCAUUCUGCUGUCAGGCUGCUACAACUGUGUGCAUCUUCUUUGCGGUUUUGGUGUUUGGGGUUAUGUGCUGGUCACGCCACUGGCUUCUCAACCCCAAUUUCAACUAUCUGUCUUGGUCAUAUGCCUUUGCUGUUGUGGCUGGCGGCAUCCAUGCCUUUGCUGGCUUAACCCUUCUACAUGAGGCAUAUGAAGCUAGGGAGAGGAAGCGCCAAGUGAGCAACCUGAUGCACAUGGAACCACAGGGCCAGAUGGGCAUGGGCAUGGGCAUGAUGGGGCAGGGUUACAUAUAAGAGCCAAAGAAUAAUAAGGAAAGCAGGAUAUCUAUUUCCUGUGGUGGAAGAAGAAUCAAGUAGCCAAAAGCAUUUUGGCACAAUGACAGGAACGUGAAGACAUUUCUGCUUGAGAAGACUGGGUAAGAAAUUGGGAUGGAUCUGUGAAUGGGCCCAAUGAAUGAGGACCUGAGAAGAUAUUGUGGUCUGACUUUUGCCAAAUUAUCAGUAUUCACUGAUACAUUUUAAUGUGUACUAAAAUGGUAUUUUUACCUGUGAAUGUCAUUGCCAACUGGAAUAAGAAUUAUUUCUAUUUUCUAUGUAAUACUCUCAUGACUUUGCCUUCCACUAUUAAACAGAAUGGAGUGCUUUACAUUUACCUCAUUGGCUUUAUAGGAACUUGCCAAUAUAAUGUCGAAGCUAGAUUCAAUAAUGUGUAUUUCUGCCAUGGAAAGAAUAGCCUUUUCAGGCAGUUUGUAGCAGACCUGUAUAACAGUUACUUCUGUGUAAAGCUGCACUUGCUCAAGAUGAAUUUUAUGAAU